AGAUGAAUAUGAGAGGGAAGGAUGUGGUGCCUGCACAAGAAGCGGCAGCAUUUUUGAAACGAUCCAACUUGAAUGUUACAACUCUGGGCCAGAUCUGGGAAUUGGCUGAUUACAGUCGAAAAGGUUACUUGGAUAAAACCGGCGCUUUUAUUGCUUUCAAGUUAGUGGCAGCUUCUCAGCAAGGACAGCCCAUCUCAUGGAAUUCUUUACUGCUUAAAUUAGAACCUCCAUCCUUUGCAUCGAGAUCUGCUACGCCAUCUAUACCUAAUUUCGGUGCCAUAUCAGCUAGUCUUAAUGAGAGCUGGGCAAUCAGUCCAACGGAUCAAGUGAAAUACGAAUCAAUCUUUGAUGGUUUGAAUCCAGUUGAAGGGAAAGUAUCCGGUAAUAAGGUACGUCCUGUGCUAUUAAAUUCAGGACUUCCAAGUACAUCAUUAGCAAGGAUAUGGGAGCUAGCAGACAUGGAUAAGGAUGGCAAGCUUGAUCGCAUUGAAAUGUCUGUUGCACUACAUCUGGUUUAUUGUGCCCUGCAAGGAGAACCAGUACCAAGUAUUCUGCCACCAUCUCUAAUUCACCCAACAAAACGUGAACUUGUACAGUUCUCCUCUAGUAUUCCUCCGGUUCCAGCGCCUCAAUGGAGCAGUGGUCGUCAAAGAACUGGCUCAGUAGUAUCCUUAGAAAGUUCUGAACAGGGAACAUUAGGAUCGGAAAGAGUGCGGUCACAAAGCGUCCAGCCAACAAGCGUUACCAUGCCAAUCCUUUUUCCUGCAUCACUUCCAUUAUCACCUGCUGCAGCAUGGCCAGUGCAUUCAAGUUGUUAUGAAGCUAGUUUUCAGCAGGCGGAUAGUGACCAGGAUGGAUUUGUUUCGGGUGCAGAUGUUCGUGAUAUUUUACUUGCAACCGGUAUAGAGCAGAAUACAUUGGCGUUGCUUUGGUCGCUUGUGGAUCUGAAGAAGAAUGGGAUGCUGAAUUUGGAGCAGUUUUCUUUGAUCAUGUACCUGAUUGAAAAUCAUAAACAAGGAAGACCGGUACCGUUUGCAUUGCCGCGGAAUUUGGUACCACCUUCUUUUCGAACACUUGAAGCCCCUACAGCCAGUGUAACUAGCGGAUAUACUAUGAGUACAGCACCAACCGGAGACGAGGAACUGGAUACAUUAUUGCGCGAAGUUGAAAAGCUAAUUCUGGAUCGCCGAGAGGCUGAUCAAGAAAUCGUUCAACUUGAAGCUGACAUGACUGUGAAGAACAGCGAGAUCAAAAAUUUAAAGAUUGAACUAACAACACUACAAAAUACGGUAACACAAUUGGAAAAACAGAAAGGUGAAGCAGAAAAGCGACUUGAAGCACUCGAUUCACAGAUUGCGCAACUGGGACGAAGUGUAGAACAAUCCAGAGAAAAAGUUAAGGAGGAGGAGAAGAGGCUUGGCGAACUUCAUUCGCAAAGCACUCAAAAUGGAGCAAAUAAAACUGCAAAUGAAGAACUGAUAAAUGUGCAACGAGAAGUUCAUUCUUUGGAAGAAGAAAAGAAAACGUUGUUUGUUACACUUUCACAACAUAAUGCUUCUAUCGAAAAAGCAGCGUUGGAGCUUACGAAAUUUGAAAGGAGAUGUGCAAACACUGAAGAGAUAACAAAACGCAUUGAAAAUGAAAGUGAGAAAUUAAAGAAAGCAGCAGAACGUCUUACUCAAUUAAUAGAAAGCAACGAUAUUGAAACACUUAAUAAAGAAAAAGAUGAACUUUUUGCUCUACUCGUGGAAAUUUCUCCGGUUGUUGAAAAUCAAGAUUUUAGCAUCUCGACGGAUUCUUUCGCAGCAGCCACUCGACCAGGCAUUGGAUUUGAAACUGAUCCAUUUGUGGGCACGAUUAACUCAUCAUUCACGAAUUUUGAUGCUUUUUCGGGCAAGGACCCAUUCAGCUCGGAUAUGAAUAACACAAAAUCUCCACUUGCUACCGUUACAUCCGUAAAAACACCACCGCCACGACCUGCGCCACCAAAAUCACUGAAAACUCCUGUGGAUUCAGAUCCAUUUUCUGGCACGGACCCAUUUGCUGAAAGUGGAGCAACAGUCACUUUAAGAACAGAUCAAUUCGCGGAUUUUGCUAACUUUGAUGCUUUUGCGAAAUCCUGAAUUUGUCGUGCUUGAUGUGUUAUUGUGCAUUUACUGUUUUACACCACCAAAGCACUUUUGGUUAUUACUUAUCAUAAAUUCACAAAUUC